CGAAACCGGUCGGUGGAAGCGGUCUCCUUUGAAGUUGAGUUUCCCAGCUGGAGUUGAAAGUAGCCGCCGAGACUCAUGGGUGACCCUGAAGAAGCAGGCGUCUUUUGGGAGUCCUGGACUUGGACGCCGCAGGGAGAAGAAAAGAAAAAAGACCCAAAAAAGGAGCGGAAACGCCUGAAACGCAAAAACAGCGCGACCAAGAAAACGGAGCAAGACAUCGAGAGGAAAAAGAAAAAGUCACCGAAGGAAAAGAAAGAAAAUAAAAAAGGAAAGAAGCAAAAGCGGUCGCCUUCGGAACUGGACGACGGUUUGAUCCUCGCGCCCGCUGUGCGGCCUCCUCGCACGCUGGAUCCACGCAGCACCGAGAAGCUCCAACGAGGCCGCGACCGCAAGAGGAAAAGCAGCGGAAAACCGAAAGUGGCGUUCAACUUACCGCCGAGCGUCGUCUCAGCCGGACCAGCCGGUUUGCCGUCUUCUCGUCAGCGGUCUCCCAGGGAGAAGGUCCUCUCGGAGCCCGAGGCCGUCGCGGGGGUCCGACCCGGCCGACGGCCCCCCGGCGCAUCCCAGAGCCCCGGCGAGGACGUCAACAGUCAGGACCUGUUCAUCACCCAGAAGGCAUUCAGGGCUUCGCCCUCACAGCCUUCCAGCGGCGACGACAGCGACAGAGCCGUGUUCCCCCCCCGGCGCGGGCUGCACCCCUCCGAGGCGCAAAACCCCCGCCUGCAUGUGCAGAAGACGGUGCAGGUGCAGGUGCGUCUCACGGACGGAGAAGAGGACGAAGAAGCAGAAGAAGAAGAAGAGCGCAUGAGCCAAACGCACCCGGAUCCGGAGGAGGGGAAAUGGUUCAAAGCGGACGUCGCCCGAGAGAAGAGGGUCCCGCUGGGGCCCUUUCAGUUGAGCCCCUCCCUGGAUGCCGCGCGGUCGGGAAGACCUCCGUGUGCCUCGCGCGAGCCGCCUCUUUCAGGGGCGCCGCGCCGUCUCCACACCUCCACCCAGACAGAAAACUUCUUCUCCACCGAGCUGUGCUGCUACCUCGCCUUCUGCCGGAGGAGCGGAGGGGCCGGAGCCGCGGAGGACCCGCGGCCCCUGGACCUGAGCGUGCGGCGCGGGGCCAGAAAGGACCCCGGGGACGGCUCGCCGGGGAAGACGCUGUCUUCAGCGGCAGAGCGCAAAGAGGCCGACCUGCGUCCACGCCGCUCCUCAGACGCGGCAGAUGGAGCGCCGACGGAGGAGCCCUCCGGCCGCCCGCCGCCCUGCGCCCGGCCGGAGAGGAAGGCCACGCCGAGCCCCCCGUCGGAGUCGGAUCCCAGGACGGCGGACACGUCGGCAUCCAGCGAGGACGAGCCGCCCUGUCGCGGCGGGAGGCUGAACCUGACCCAGGUCAGGGCCGUCCAGAUGAGACUCAACGAGUCCUUCUUUUUCAAGACAAAGGGAGAGCGACAGUCCCCCAGGCCACAGUCUCCACUGAUGAAGCUGGCUCAGGGCCGACAGGUGAAAAGCAGGAAGGCGCAACGCUAAAACCCCUCCCCACCCCCACCACGUGACCGACCUGCGCUCAGUGGCGUCUGCGGCGUGUUGAAGAGCAGCCGUGCACCACGGAACACGUGUAGAAAAACACAAACCUGAACCUGACAGGAAAUCCUUCCGAUUCACGGGGGCUUUAAAGUGUUUCCCCCCCCCCCCCAAUGUUGUCAUUCUGCAGUUAAGACUUCUGUCACGUUGACGUGGGAUUUGAGCAGAGAUUCGUGCCUCGGGAGCGUUUCAGGAAGUUGUCAUUGCCGUUCAUUGAACGAGCCUUUGUACGGUUACUCACCCACCGUGCCGCCUUUAGCAAACGCCGUUUGGCUUUCAAUGAAGCACAGUCGAGUUUCAGGUUGUAUAGAACCGUCUUUAUUAAUUUCAGUGUACAUAAGUCAGACACAGUGUGCCAAUAAAAUAUUAAAUGUGUCAUUUA